AGGGAGAACAAAAAGAAGUUUACCCACUAUCUCCUGCCUAGUCUCGAGUUCUUCCUCUGCUUGAGCUCUUUGUGCUAGGACCUUCCUGCCCCAGUCAGAAACUGAAGAGCAGCUGCUGCAGACAAGUACCUCCCCACUUUUGGGCUUUUCUACCCUGAUUUGGCUCCCUUUUCAUAUUCUGCCUGUCUGGGAAAUUAUGAGCAAAGACAGCAAUGGUAGGCAAUUGACAUCUAGAAGCCACAAGGUUUUGUAAAGAUCAGGUCUAUACACCACCAAAGACACAACAAUGGCUCUAUCUCUGGAAGAAUUUGUCUACUCCCUUGACCUAAGGACCCUACCCAGGGUCCUGGAAAUCCAGUCAGGCAUCUACCUUGAAGGGUCUGUUUAUGAGAUGUUUGGCAAUGAAUGCUGUUUGUCAACAGGAGAAGUGAUUAAAAUCACAGGUCUCAAAAUUAAGAAGAUCAUGGCUGAAAUUUAUGAGGGUGCUAUUGGAGGUUCUGAGUCUCCGAAGCCUUUUGAGCUGCCCAUGAAUUUUCCAGGUCUCUUUAAGGUCGUGGCUGAUAAAACUCCGUACCUGUCAAUGGAAGAAAUCACAAGAACCGUUAAUAUUGGACCCAGUAGACUAGGUCAUCCUUGCUUUUAUCACCUAAAGGAUAUAAAACUAGAGAAUUUCACUAUUAAGCAGGGUGAACCAAUCUGCUUCAACUCAAUUGAAGAGAUUAAUGGAGAAACGCUGGUGAAUUGUGGUGUGGUAAGGAAUCAUCAGAGCCACUCAUUUACUUUGCCACUGUCACAAGAAGGAGAAUUUUAUGAGUGUGAGGAUGAACAUAUCUAUACCCUAAAAGAAAUUGUUGAAUGGAAGAUUCCCAAGAACAGAACACGAACAGUGAAACUUACAGAUUUCUCAAAUAAGUGUGACACAACCAAUCCAUUCCCAGAAGACUUUUAUGGUACAUUGAUUCUCAAGCCUAUUUAUGAAAUCCAAGGUGUGCUGAAAUUUCAAAAGGACAUAGUCCGGAUUCUCCCCAGUUUAGAUGUUGAAGUCAAAGAUAUUACUGACUCUUAUGAUGCUGACUGGUUUCUUCAGUUGCUGUCUACAGAUGAUCUUUUUGAAAUGACGAGCAAAGAGUUUCCUGUAGUAGCUGAAGUCAUCGAAGUGUCUCAAGGGAACCAACUACCCCAAAGUAUUUUACAGCUGGAGAAAACCAUUGUCAUCCACAAAAAGUACCAGGCUUCGAGGAUCUUAGCUUCAGAAAUUCGCAGCAAUUUCCCUAAAAGACACUUCUUGAUCCCUAUUAGCUAUAAAGGAAAGUUCAAAAGAAGACCCCGGGAGUUCCCAACGGCCUAUGACCUGCAGAUAGCUAAAAGCAAGAAAGAAACUCUCCAUGUGGUGGCCACCAAAGCUUUCCAUACACUUCACAAGGAGCUGUCCUCUGUGUCUGUUGGAGACCAGUUUCUAGUGCAUCAUUCAGAGACCACAGAAGUUGUCUUUGAGGGAAGAAGAAAGGUAAACAUUCUGACCUGUGAAAAAAUCCUCAGUAAGACCCAUGAAGUAGCACGACUUCCUCUGUAUAUGGAAGGAGGGUUUGUAGAGGUGAUUCAUGAUAAGAAACAGUAUCAGAUUUCUGAGCUCCGUACACAGUUUUGCUGGCCCUUUAAUGUGAAGGUGGCUGUGAGAGAUCUCUCCAUGAAAGAUGACAUUUUGGCAGCUACCCCAGGACUGCAGUUGGAGGAGGACAUCACAGAUUCUUACCUACUUGUUAGUGACUUGGCAAAUCCUAGGGAAUGUUGGGAAAUUCCCAUGGGCCGGUUGAAUAUGACUGUUCGAUUAGUUAACAGUAGUAGUUUGUCUGUGGAUGCAGGGCUACUUCAAGUUAGGAGUGUUGUAGAAGAGAUAACAGAAGAACAGUAUUACAUGAUGAGGAGGUAUGAAAGUUCCCUAUCACAUCCCCCACCUCGCCCUCCCAAACACCCCUCAGCUGAGGAAAUGAAGCUAACUUUGCUCAGCUUAGCAGAAGAGAGAGCCAUAAGUCUGCCCAAGUCUCCCAAGAGUCACCACGUAGACAGAGCCAAGAAGUCGCACCCAGAUCAAGGUGGUCAGGAUUCAAGAGUACCAGUUGGUUUUCAGAAUGAGUUGGCUGAUGUGGAGAGACAGAAGAGCAAGCAUGGGCCACUGCAGUAGCAAGCACCAAUGUGACUACAUAACUCUUCAAAACUGAAAAACAUCAAAAAUAACAAGAUGUGAUGGAAGCCACUUGGGCAGUGAACAUAAAUGUUGCAACAGACAAAGAAGUCUAGCCAUCUACCUGAAAAAACAACAAUUCCCCAAUGGACUCUGGAAGAUUCUGGACCAGCCACUGCAAAGACAAAAACAAGCUUAAAUGUUUUAGUACAUAAAGCUCAAAAAGAGGCCCAUGAUAUGGAAUUUAAAUUGUCUGUUUGGUUUCCUAAAACCCACAAGUGUUGUUUUCUUGUUGUUUAAGACAUAUUUAUUUAAUAUGCAUCUUUUGAUGUAGCUUUUUUUUGCUAUCAACAAUUGGUAAUUAGAAAUAAUUUUAUACUUCAAUUAUUGAGUAGGAUCAUAUUUUUAAAAGUCUAUACUCUCACUGAGUGUUCACUCUUUUUUUCCUAGCAGUUUUCUUCCCAUUUUUCCAGUUUCAUCAUCAUUUCUGCUAAAACUCAAUAAGGAAAAUUAAUUACAUCUGACAGCAACUUAAAAUGGCCAAGUUUCUUCUCUGAUUCCUUGGGAACUGUGAAAAUGAUGGUGACUAAACAUUUUAAAUUUGUUUUAUAAAUACAGUGCAAGUAAGUGUCAACUCUCAACAACUAGCACCAUUAUGAGUUAUAGAAACUUCUCUAACAUCCUCCCUCUACUUAUAAAAGGAAGACCAAAGAAUUGCCCGGGUUCUGAAAAAUUGCCUUGUACUUUAUAUACUAUAUUUUUAUCUUGCUUCUAAUGAAUGCUUAUUAGGAUUGUAGUAUACCAUUUAGUUCACCAUAAUAUUUGAUGGGAAGAAAGAGGUAAUAUAAUUGUAAUGAGCCUUAUAAAUAUAGUGGACAGAAACCAAGGAGAUUAUUAAUGAAUACAUAAUAGAAUAGUACUUAGAGUUAUAUGCCUAUAAAAAUUAAAUGCAAACACAUUUUAUAAGUUUUCUUAUUAUAUAUUAAAUAUAGAGGAAUAAUAUUACUUUGUCUUGUAUAACAUGAAGAGACUGAGAAUUUUUCUAGUUAGGUUACAUAGAGAAUAGUGAGAAGCCUUAAAUUUUCUUCAUAAGUCAGACACAGUUACAAAAUUUUACUCUGACCUCAUAAUUAAUCUAUGAGUUGGGAGAACUUAUUUGAUGAUUUAUACUGAAGAGUCUCUAAAGACAGUAAACUAUGAGAUAAUUUUCAUCAUAUAAUCACAGCUGGAGAUCUUUUAUAUGUUUAUGUUCUUAUUUCUUACCUUCUAUUAUCUUUUUCUCCUUAAGUAAUAACUAAUCUUUAUUUCAAUGCUUUAAAAAUUGCUUAAUGACUUAACUGUUAUUAUAUUAUAUAUCAAUAACAAAAUUUUAGGAGAUGUAUCAUGUGUAAUUAGUAACAUUUUAGGAGAUAGUUUUUAAUCAUUUUUUUAGUUUAGUUUACACUCAUUUGAGCAGUAAAUGAGAAAGUUGAUGUCUCCAUAUUUGAGUUUUUAGACACCAUAGAGAAUCAUGACCCAACCACAUAGCAUAAGAAAGCUAUACUAUGGGUAAUCUAGGACCGAUACAAUUUUCACCUAAGAGUGAGCACUGAAUAUUUUCAGUUUGGUAUAUGAGCACAGUUGAAUUUGGACUUUUUGUAAGCCCAUGUCUUUGAUUAGAAAAUGAGAAAAUGAAUUUUCUUCCUUUAGUUGUGAAUCAUCAAAGACGUUCUACCAUAAAUAAUGUCUAACAUUUCUAUCUUAAUGAAAGUCCCCCUUGCAUAAUCUGCUUCUAGUUGUCUUGAAAUCAAAAUUACAAUAAACUUUAUGACCUAUCCAAGAUCUUGAGAAGUUGGAACGAAAAUUUCCAUUGUUCAUAUGUAUGUAUCUCUGGCCAUGGUUAACUAUGAAAUAAGUUACUUUCUAUAAAAAUUUAGCAAAAAAUAUUCUUUAAUUAGAACUGAAGCCAGUUUUCACCAUUGAGGAAGAUGAUUUUUUUUUUAAAGCCAGGAAGAAAAAGAGUGUCCCCUGCAUCCCUACCCACUGUGAGUUUGGAAUCUUGAGCCUGGUCAUGGGAACAAAAUUUCUCAGCAUAGUAAUGAUGCAUAAAUAGGUGCCAAUAUGACCAGUUACUAAUUCUACUAAUUAAAACCUGCUUUCCCUAAUAUUUAAUCAUUGAAGUAGUUUGAAGGAUGGUUUCUUAGUUAGGGUUACUACUGCUGUAAUGAAACACCAUGACAAACUACAACUUGGGGGAGGAAUGGCCUUGUUUCACUCACAGUUCCAUAUAUCAGUUCACCAUCAAAAGCAGUGAGGACAGGAACCUGGAGGCAGGAGCUAGUGCAGAGGCCAUAGAGGCUUGCUGUGUACUGCCUUGCUCCUCAUGGCUUGCUUAGCCUAGAUUUAAAAUAGUCUAGGACCACAAGCCCAAGAACGGCCCCACCCACAAUGAGCUGGGAUCUUCCUCAUGAAGAGGCCAGAGUAGCAGGAUAGACUCCAUUUUAAGUGCUUGUCCUCAGAGUGACAUGGCCUUCACCCUUGGGCUCUGGGAAAGAGACCACAAAGUAUUAUCAGCAGUUGAAAAUAGACAUAGCAGCUGUGAUUAGCUCACAAUAAUAGGAUAGACUGGUCACAAUAACAGGAUGAGUUAAGAAAACCUGAGUCCUUCCCAGGUCAAGAUGCCCCUUUUAGAUGUAUAGUCUCUCCUUGUGGUUUGAACAGAUGAUAUGCACCAAUCAGUUUAACAGCUAAAAUUCCUUUACUCAUCUACCCAAUCUUGUAAUGCCAAGGCUUGAAAGCAUCUACUUGCAAUUUUUUUGCCUAUAUAAACCCUAAGCUCCUAGACCCAAGUGUCACUUUCCUCACCUGUUGCAUCAGGAAGGUUUGUGACCCGAAUCCAAACUUGAAUAAAGACUUUUACCUGUUUGCAUCGGA